UCUUUAUCUGACAGUGUAUCUUCUCUCAAGAGAAUCAUAGCAGCAAGGAAGCUUAGAUUCUCUUUAUAUUUGGAUGAGCUGUCUCCUAUCAUAUUUGCAAUUGACAGAGAGGCCUAGUGAAAAGCAAUGUGGUCAUGAAGCCACAAAGACCUACAUUAAGUUCUUGCCUCUGACAAAUACUCACUUAUAUGAACUUGAGCAAAUCAUUAAAAGUCAGCACUCUAGGCAGUGUCUGGAACAUAUUUAUGAACUUAAUAAAUGUUUAUUGACUGACUGGUUGACUAAGAGUCUAAAUUGUAAAGAAGUUGCUCACUUGAAUUAAUCAUCUAGGGCUUCACUCUAAUAAUGAAAUCACAGAUUCAGACUCUACUUAAUCCCUGUCCCUAAAUUAUUCUAUGAUAACCUAGGAUCAAGCUGUGCUUAAGGUUUACUGUUACUAUUCAUCAUUCAAUUAAUAAUAAAUCUAUGUGCAUCAUAGAUCAAAUGAGGAAAACAGCAGAAAUGGGAAAUGGAACAACUGUCCAGGAAUUCAUCCUGGAAGGAUUUCCUGCUCUCCAGCACCUGGGAAAAUUCUUCUUCACCCUCAUUUUAUUGGCAUACUCAGUUGCUUUCACAGGAAAUACAAUUAUCAUCACCCUUACAUGGGCCGACUACCACCUCCAAAUCCCAAUGCAUUUUUUCCUCAGUAAUUUCUCUUUCUUAGAAAACUGCUUUAUAACAACAGUUAUACCCAAACUCCUUUUGAUCUUUCUAUGGGGAAUGCAAAAAAUUUCCUUUCUUGGAUGUCUUAUCCAAGCCUUUUUUUUUCUAUUUUGGGGAUCAACAGGUUUUUUGCUUCUGGCUGUAAUGUCCCUAGACAGGUAUAUAGCCAUUUGUAAUCCUCUGCAUUACCCCAGCAUAAUGACCAGGAAGGUAUGCUUCCUCUUAGUCAUAUUCUGUUAUGUUUCUAGUUUCUUCGUAGUUGUUGGGGUUAUCUUAAAGGUCUCAAUGUUAUCCUUCUGUGGCUCCAAUGUUAUCAAACAUUUUUUAUGUGAUGUGACUCCUCUGACACAUCUCUCAUGCUCUGACACCAAGUUUUUUGAAUCAUUGGUUUUUGCACUUGCUAUUCUUGUACUCGUGUCUUCCCUAACUAUAACUAUCAUAGCUUACACAAAUAUAAUAAUCAAGAUAGUAAAUCUCCCUUCAGUCAAAGAGCGACAGAAGGCUUUCUCUACCUGUUCUUCCCACCUCAUUGUCCUCUGUCUAUUAUAUGGAAGUAGUGUUUUUAUAUAUCUGAAGCCAAAUCAAGCCAAAACUUUUGACACCAAUAGAGAAGCAGCUCUAGUGAAUACUGUGGUGACCCCUUUACUGAAUCCUUUCAUUUAUACUCUAAGAAACAAGCAGGUCAAACAAGCUUUGAGAAAUAUUCUUUACAGGAUUAAAUUGGCAAGAUGGAUUCAUUAAAUCAUUAUCUUGUAAAUGUGCUUAUUUAAUGCACCUGUCAGUGAAGCUAAAAUUCUCCCUAUAGAAUUCUGACAACUAUAGACCAUUUCUCCCCAUGUUUUUAAUAUUUUAUUUUCCACAAUUACAUGUAAAAUAAUAUUUUACAUUAGUUUUUAAAACUUUUAGUUCCAGAUUAUCUCCCUUCGUCCUCUCACCAUAAAAAGAAACGUGAAGUUAUACCAAACAUUUCCAGAAAAAUCACAUUAUAAAAGAAAAUCCAGAUCCCCCCCCCAAAAAAAAAAAACU